UGGCACGUCAUUGGCGCGCGACCGCUCGGCCGGGGCUAUGUGGGCUGAUCGGUGGCGUGUGCGUGGUAGUGGGGGGGGUCUCCGUUGCUUUGCCCGAUUAUGACGCACCGCUGUCGCCGGCUCUGCGGUUUCAUUUAACACGCUUUUAUUUAACUCGUUUAAAUUAAAAACGUUGCGGUGCGAGUCUCGUAGUCCGGCCGGUGUGUGAGCGAUAGUGCGCGUGUGUCUGUGUGUGUCGCCGGACAGAUUUGUACAACUCUAUUGACACCGAAUACACACACAGACAAGAGUUCGGGUUGCGGCGUCUUACUUUCCGGAGCUCCGGAGAAUGCAUUCGUGCUUUUAGAGUGGACUGAUCCAUUCAUGGAUAUUUUAGGUCCAGCCCUGGUUGCUGCGGCUCUCUGAAGGGCUCUGGGCCAGCCCUACAUUGCUCGUUGAUUUCUCAAUCGGCCCGACUUUCACGUCCAACCCUGUUUCCUGGAGGUGUCCACACCCCCACCCCCCCACACAGUUUUGUCACGUUGGAGGUCCCUGGUCUAAGUUCCUGGAUGCUGAGGCUUGAGGCUUCCGUAAUCCCAGCGCCGUUUGCUGGAGCUCCCCCCCCCCCCCACCCACCCUGCUCCAAUGUCUUAAUGCUGGAAGAGGUCCCUGGCCCCCUCCAAAUUCCUCGUUGAUGCUGGGGGAGCCCUGGCGUACGCAUGGAGGCGGCGCGACUUGAGCAGCUGUCCGUGCUGCUGGAGGACGCCGACUAUCUGGUGCUGGACAAGCACUGGGACUUGCGCAUCGACAGCACGAGGCCCCGCGAGACGCUGACCGUGCAGCAGCAGCUCCGCCACCGCUACCCGCAACUCCUCGACCCCAGCACCCGCCACGGAUUCAGGUUCUGCCACCAGCUGGACUACGCCACGAGUGGCGCGCUGUGCGUGGCCCUGAGCCGCCAGGCGGCUGGUGGGGCCUUCCGAGCCUUUAGCCAGCGGCGAGUCGUCAAGGCGUACCUCGCUCUGGUGAGGGGACACGUAAAAGAGGAGCACAUGACCAUUGACUAUGCAAUUGGGAAGGACACCAGGGAGGGACAGACACACAUGAUGUGCGUGGAGGCCACCCCAGGCUGCGACAACCCCAAGCCAUGUCUCACGGAGCUCACGGUGCUCCAGACCGGUCGCUACGGCGACGACCCCGCCACCAAGGUGCUGCUGCAGCCCGUAACAGGCCGCACGCACCAGCUGCGCGUGCACUGCGACGCCGUGGGCCACGCGAUCGUCGGGGACUACACGUACAGCCUGCGCGCCGACACGGCGCCGUACCGCACCAUGCUGCACGCCGCGCUGCUCCGCAUGCCGCUCGGAGAACGCACGGUGCAGGCGGAGGCGCCCGACCCAUUCGUGCCAGACGUUGACCCGAGCUGGUGCCCCGAGCAGACGCUGCGGAGCGUCGACGAGGCGCUUGCCGAGGUGGUGAGGAAGGCCGUCGCCACGGAGGCGAGGCUAGCCGCGGAGGAGGCGGAGGUGGAGUUGUCACGGCGACGCACGGCAAGUACGAGGAGCGCCGGGCCGGUCAGCGAGGCGGCGACGGAGGAACUGCGGCGCUGGCUGCAGGAGUGGCCAGCCGACCUCUAGCCCCAGGCGUGCGACCUCUAAUUCGAGUCAGGUCAAGUUGGCGCCAGCACCACCAUCGUGCUGGGGGGUGGUUUGGAAGCACGUUCUCAAGAGAAUGCUGCCAUGCACGCCUUGUUUUGCGAGUGUACACGUGCUCGAGACUUCACUGUAAACUAUAGUCUUCGUUAGCCAUUCUCAAUCCACUGCGGGGUGACCUCUCCCAAGUGACUCCAUUAACCUUUUGCCACUCCUGACCGCUCCAGUCCUGCCGAUGUUCUCUGGAUCUCCUGCCUCCCAAUGUAUCGUUGGUUUCCUUCAACAAAACUAGAAACUGGAAAGCAUCCGACCGUUUCCUGCAUAUAAACAAUCCCCAUCGUCCUUUAAAAAUACAAGCACCUCCCCUCUAGAUCCCGGGGUGCUUGUCAUGCUCUCUGUGCAGUGCCUUUAGAUGCUAAACAAAUCAAACUGCAUUGCAAUAUACCAUCCUUUAUUCAUCAGGGCCUGUAUAACUCAUCUGUGAGCCUAUAUUCACCCACGUUUUGUGCUACUUUAUAACAGUCAUGAAUAGCCUUGAGUUCCUUUGACUGCCAGAACGAGGUCUCUCUCCUCCCCUAUACUUCGCCACGCUUGUCAGUGCGGGUCGGUGAAGUGAGGGGAGCGCAGCCAGGACCGGGUUUAGAUAUCGCUCGCCACCGAUGCUGUCCGUCCUACGCGAGAGUCAAACCUCGGGUUGCCUGGUUCGUUGAGUGGGGCGCGCUGACCAUUGCGCCGCCAACUCACCGUUAAUAAAGCGUUGAACAAGUUAAGAAGCUUUUUAAAUUAUUAUUUUAAAUAUAUUUUUCAUGUUGCAAUCCAGUGGUGAUAACAAUGUGUGGCGAGGGUAUUGUUUGAAAUAGAGAAAGCUGUAUGGAUGACUAAUUCACAAUGAACUUGCACACAAGCUGCAGUCUACCGACUUCACGAUUGGAAACCAUGAUGGGACAAACCGGAUUUUAUUUUGCAGGUUUGCAGGAAAAAAAACAAUUUUAACUCAGAACCAAUAUUUUGUCAUGUCUUUUAUUUAUUGAAGAAUAAAUUUUUUGGGGGGUUUUAGUCAAUGGCCUUAUUUUUUAUGCUGUUCUUAAAUAGUAAGCCAUUAAUUUAAACACCC